CCGGGAGCCGGGGUGGUGAUUUCCGGCUUGCUGAAGAAAGUUGAGCAGGAGAGCUGUGCAGGUUCCUGGAUUCUCAAAAAAUGGACAGCCAGGGCAGGAAAGUGGUGGUUUGUGACAAUGGAACCGGGUUUGUGAAGUGCGGUUAUGCUGGCUCCAAUUUUCCAGAGCACAUCUUUCCAGCACUAGUGGGCAGGCCGAUCAUCAGAUCUACUGCCAAAGUGGGAAACAUCGAAAUCAAGGAUCUCAUGGUGGGAGAUGAGGCAAGUGAGCUACGCUCCAUGCUGGAAGUGAACUACCCCAUGGAGAAUGGGAUAGUCAGGAACUGGGACGACAUGAAGCACUUGUGGGACUACACGUUCGGUCCUGAGAAACUCAACAUCGACUCCAGGAACUGCAAGAUCCUUUUGACAGAGCCCCCGAUGAACCCCAUGAAGAACAGGGAGAAGAUCAUAGAGGUAAUGUUUGAAACAUACCAGUUUUCUGGGGUCUAUAUAGCUAUUCAGGCUGUACUUACGCUAUAUGCUCAAGGCUUGCUGACAGGAGUGGUUGUCGACUCUGGAGAUGGUGUAACCCACAUCUGCCCUGUCUAUGAGGGGUUCUCACUGCCUCACCUGACAAGGAGACUAGACAUUGCUGGGAGGGACAUAACCCGCUACCUCAUCAAGUUGCUUUUGCUGAGAGGAUACGCCUUCAACCACUCGGCUGAUUUUGAGACGGUUCGCAUGAUGAAAGAAAAGCUGUGUUAUGUCGGCUACAACAUUGAACAGGAACAGAAACUGGCUUUGGAGACCACCGUGCUUGUAGAAUCUUACACGCUCCCAGACGGCAGGGUAAUAAAAGUCGGAGGAGAGCGUUUUGAAGCCCCUGAAGCUUUGUUCCAGCCUCACCUCAUCAAUGUGGAAGGAGUUGGAGUGGCUGAAUUACUCUUCAAUACUAUCCAUGCUGCUGAUAUUGAUACCAGGGCUGAGUUCUACAAGCACAUUGUUCUGUCCGGAGGCUCCACUAUGUACCCCGGGCUGCCCUCGCGACUCGAGCGGGAGCUGAAACAGCUCUACCUGGAGCGUGUUCUGAAGGGAGACGUGGAGAAGCUCUCGAAAUUUAAGAUCCGCAUUGAGGACCCUCCUCGGCGUAAGCACAUGGUGUUCCUGGGUGGAGCAGUACUGGCUGACAUCAUGAAAGACAAGGACAACUUCUGGAUGACUCGGCAGGAGUACGAGGAGAAAGGCGUGCGCGUGCUAGAGAAACUGGGAGUAACUGUUAGAUAAGCUUGGACACUUGUUAACCAUCGUUUUCCUAUGGCUUUCUUACUCCUUAUCCUUUUCUGCUACUUUUCCAACUCAUUUCAUCCAUCUAACUUGGAAAGGCCUGUCUGUGCCCACGGGGAGGGGAGGGGAUGUGUAGAUUUCCUGGGAGAGCUUUUGUUAAAUGUGUGUUAUUGCCACCAAAUUUGACAGUUUAAUUUGGCCAUUGCCCUGUAAACAAAACCACAUAAACAAAGGGCCUGUCUUUUACAUUGUUGUAGCCCUGUAGCCACUCUAACUCCCGUAGUGUCUCUCUUUAUUAUUAUUUGCAUUUAUAGCAACAGGCUUGCUAGCUUUGUCUUCAACACACCAGGUGGGGUAUGCCUUUCUGAGUCCAAGAAGCUUGGGUGAAUAUAAAAGAUGCUUUUUAUGUAUCAUCCCAGUUAUAUUGCAUUGGCUAGUACCAUAAGAUUCAUUGUUUAUGUAUCAUCCCAGUUAUAUUGCAUUGGCUCGUACCGUAAGAGUACCUUUUUAUGGAGUAGUUCCCUAAUAAACUGGAUCUUCCAAAGCAAUCAUUGCCAUAAAUCUGAUUAACAAAAAGCCUCUACUGCUGCACUUGAACUGCGUGAGGCUAUUCAUUUUGUGAGGUGUUGGUGAUGGGGGAAGUCUCUUUUUUUUUUUUUUCUCUCUUCCUAAACAAGUUUAUUUUAUUUCAUACUUUUCAUUUUUAAUUUUGCUGUGCAUUACCAUUUUCUUAAGUAGAAUGUGUAGUCAUGUAAGGUACAAUCAAAAAAGUGCACAAACCUUCAUAUACAUUGUUCUGUUUAAAAGGGACUGGGUUCCCUGGAAUAGAUGUAUUGCAUUUGUUAAAAAAAAUAAACAUAAAAAAGCUGUGGGGAUGUUUGUAAUAUUAUACAAAUAAAACCAAUGUAUGUGCCACAAAGACAUUGUAAAAGCUGGUAUUUAACUUUCUGUUUGGCUCUCGUGUGUAUUGGAGGGACUUCAAUAAUAAAUCUUGCAUAAACGUUUUAUCCAGUGCCAAGCGCAGUUAUUGAAACUGGAUUUUUUUUUUUCAUUGCGUAACUGCCUAAUGCUGAUUUAAAUAAAGCAAACUGAUUUAUAAAUA